GUCACAGCCACACGGCCCGGUCCAGCUGCACACAGACACACACAGACACACACAGGACAGGAGGAGGGGUAUCUCUGGAGGACAUGGAGGAGAUGUGGGAGCUGUGAGGCCCGAGGAGGAGGAGGAAGAUGGCCGUGCACGUGUUUAAACGCCUGCGCAGACCUGGGCGUUAGGACCACCAACAGAGGUGUGUGCGUGUUUUUGACAGGAGCGGGAUGGAACAUGAGGAGCCCCACCUGUUCACAGCUGACCCCCCCAGGAAGAAAGCUCAGAUUGAAGUCAUCCCAUGCAAGAUUUGUGGUGAUAAGUCCUCUGGAGUGCAUUAUGGAGUCAUCACCUGUGAGGGAUGUAAGGGAUUUUUCCGGCGCAGCCAGCUGCCUUCUGUCUCCUACUCCUGCUCCAGACAGAGCAACUGUCAGAUCGACCGCGCCAGCCGCAACCGCUGCCAGCACUGCCGCCUGCAGAAGUGCCUGGCCCAGGGCAUGAGCAAAGACGCGGUGAAGUUUGGCCGCAUGUCCAAACGUCAGCGAGACUCUCUCAUCGCUGAGGUGGAGCGGCACCGGCAGCAGCAGCAGCAGCAGCAGCAGCAGCAGCAGCAGCUCCAGGGGGACGCCCCGGUGGUCCUGUCCUAUCCCACUAAGAGCCAUCAGGACUGCUCCCCGCAGCUGCUGCAGCCUGUGGGCGUGGCCUACGCUUACGGUGCUGACCCGGAGCUCAUGUCCUACGCUGCUGACGCUCACCCCUACCUGCUGUGCUCGCCCAACAACUCUCAGGUAUCUGGAAUGAUCUACAGAGGCUCCGCCCUCUCUCCCAGACCCCAGGGGAGGGGGGACAGCAGCGGACUCCCUGAUAUAAGAGGGCUGGACUCCAGACAGCAGUGUCCUGACUCCAUGGUGCUCCUUCCCUACAGCCACCUGAACGACUCGUACAGCCUGUACCCUCACGCUCCACGGAACAUGGGUGGGCACUGCGUUAAAGAGGGUGGGAACACUUUCUGCCCUGUGUUUAAUCCAGUCUGCCUCUCCUCAGACGAGCUGUGUGCCAGCAUCCUGCGCUCCCACAGAGAGACCAGCCAGAUCCGACUGGAGGAGCUGCAGGCGCUCAGGUGGAAACUGUUCAGCAGAGAGGAGGUCCAAGCCUACCAAAGCAAAACGGUGGAUGAGAUGUGGCAGCACUGCGCCGUCAGACUCACUGAUGCGGUGCAGUUUGUGGUGGAGUUCGCCAAACACAUCCCAGGUUUCCGUGUGCUCAGCCAGAACGACCAGAUCGCCCUCCUGAAGACCGGCUCGAUGGAGGUGGUUCUGGUCCGAAUGUGUCGCUUCUUUAACACGGAGAACAACACGGUGUUCUUUGAUGGGAAAUUUGCUGGAACUGAAGUCUUCAAGUCUUUGGCCUGCGGGGAUUUAAUGGCGGCGGUGUUCGACUUCGCUCACGACAUGUGUGCUCUGAAGCUGACUGAGCAGCAGCUGGCUCUCUUCAGUGCUCUGGUUCUGAUCAACGCAGACCGUCCCUGUCUGGAGGACAGAGGCAGAGUUCAGCGAGUGCAGAGGACCGUGGAGUCUGGACUGGCCCACAUCCUUCAGCGGGACCACCAGGACAGUCUGAUGCACAAGCUCUACCAGAGGAUGGCGGUGUUGCGCUCGCUCUGCAUCCUGCACAUGGAGAAGCUGCGCUGGUUCAGCCAGCGCUACCCGCUCACCGCUCACUCCCUGUUCCCCCCGCUCUACAAGGAGCUGUUUGCAUCUGAGGCAGAGCUGCUGCCGGGGCCCCCUCCCUCCUGAGGCACAGCUGCUGCCGGGGCCCCCUCCCUCCUGAGGCACAGCUGCUGCCGGGGCCCCUCCCUCCUGAGGCAGCGCCACACAAACACAGAUUUAUACGCUGGACACACACAACAAAAACUCUCACCAUUUCCUCAAAUAAAACUUGUUUUUUAAUAGAAUAAAAUAAGAACAAAAGAACAGAACAUGUAAAGUUUAGAUCAGUUUGAAUAUUUUGAUAACUUGAAAUAAUUCUUUGAUGAUUCCAGGGAACUCUGAUGCUGAGCGAUGAUUCAUUUAUUAUUUUUCUUUCUUUCAGUUGUAGCUGCUGAAUGUUGGCACAAAGAGGCUCCAGCAGGAUGCUUUGACGACUCAGAUGUAGUGAUAUUUGAAUGACAUGAGAAAUGAAUAUCUUACCUGUUACACAUAGAGCUUUUAACUACCUGCACUGCAAAAACUGUCCACCUAAACCAAGUCUUAAAA